UAAAAGGUCAGUGCUGCAAACUGCCUUGAUCACAUGUAUUAUCAAGCAGACAACACACUAAGGCCAUCUUGAGAUUUGCAGGCCAUUCAUAAUCAAAGCAUGUGUGUGUAGCAUAUGCAUGGUUGUGAUUCCACACCAAACCACAAUAUUUUCUCCAAAUUAGGGUUACUGGCAUAAGUUGCAGUAGUUCUUUCCUAACAUAAUCCUACCUAAUCAAUAAGCUAAGAGUACCCAUUAAUUUUCUGCAAUACUGUAGCAGGGAGAAAAGGUGUGAUCAGUGGGACUAUCAGUCAGCUGCAACCUCCAAGCUCCUUCCAUGCAUAAUGCAUGCAACUCCACAUCCCUCUCAUUAUACUUCUGAUUCAUUUCUAUAUCUAGUUUUUCUUUUCUUACAAUUAAUUACUCUCCUCUUCCUAGUUUAGAACAGAUGAUUAAGCAGCUGCGACAACAGAUCAAGCCCUCCAUGGAAGAACUACCUGGUCUCGAACUUGGAAUGACAUCAUGUACUGAUAUGAUACAAGAGCAGCAAAGCACUACUUCUCUCAUCGCCUUUGCUAUUGAGCUCCAAAGAAGAGGGCAGUUGAAUGAUAACUACAAAACCUUGAGGGAUUUGAUUAAAAAUCCUUCCACCAAGGAGGACAGAGCAACUGUGAUUAGAGAUGCUAUUAAGUAUAUCAUACAACUUAUCCGAACAGUUUAUGAACUCAAACAACUAGUGGAGAAAACGAGAGGUAAGAAAUUAGAUACCAUAGGAGGGGUAGACGUUUUUACGAAGCCUGUUGUUCGUAAAUCACAAUAUAGCCAUUCCUACAAUGAUGUUAGUAGUGGACCAUCAUUUUCGAAGAAGCAUAGCUCGGUUCAGAGGAAAUCUAAGGAUACAGAGAUAGAUGUGCGCAUUAUUGGUGAUGAAGUUACCAUCAAAGUCCUUCGCCGAAGGAAGAAGAACGAUUAUUGCUUGCUGUUUGUGUCCAGGGUUCUUGAUGAGCUUCAUAUGGAUCUCCAUUUUGUUUCCAGUUGCUAUAUUGGCUACGAAACCUAUUAUUUUCAGUUUAAAACCAAGAUUAAUGGAGGACCUUCGAGUGAUAAUGCGCAUACCAUAGCCGACAAGUUGAUUGAGGUUCUGGACAGCAGUUGUUCUAUAUAGGGCAGGACGAAGAAUUAUGGAUUUGAAGGUGAUGCUCUUAUAUGUCAACAAAUCAUCAUGCUAAGUUUGAGGACUGAGAAUUUGUGUGCAAAAAUGUAUUCAGAAGGGGUUAAUUAUACACGCACGUAGUUCCUUGAAGACCUACUAUAUCAAUUUGGUUUGAUGGGAUCUCAUAGUUUUCGUUGAAGCAGUCUAAUUAACAAAGUUCCUGGCUAAUAUUUUAAUCUUUAAUUCGGUUCAUAAAUUCAAUGGCAUGUCAUUUGUAUCUCUA